GUCCAUUCUUGAGCACGCAAUAACGUUUUACAGCGGUGGCAUUACCGUACAGAGCGCAAAAAUAGAAAAAAACUUGUCUAGAUUUGUUGGUUUUUUUUGAGAUAUACCAGUGAAAUGUUGGUGUUAGUACUUGGAGACCUGCACAUUCCUCACAGGAAGAACACAUUACCAGCAAAAUUCAAGAAGUUAUUGGUGCCAGGAAAGAUUCAGCAUAUUUUAUGUAUGGGUAACUUAUGUACUAAAGAAACGUUUGAUUACCUAAAGACAUUGGCCGGUGAUGUACAUGUGGUUAGAGGAGACUUUGAUGAGAAUUUGACAUAUCCUGAACAAAAAGUUGUCACAGUUGGCCAAUUUAAGAUUGGAAUUUGCCAUGGUCAUCAAAUUGUACCUUGGGGUGACCCAGAAAGUUUAGCUAUGCUUCAAAGACAACUAGAUGUGGAUAUUCUAGUGUUUGGUCACACUCACAAAUUUGAGGCCUUUGAACAUGAAGGGAAAUUUUACAUCAAUCCUGGUUCAGCAACUGGUGCUUAUAAUGCGCUACUUAGGAAUGUUGUUCCUUCAUUUGUUUUGAUGGAUAUUCAAGCAUCAACAGUUGUCACUUAUAUUUAUCAACUGAUUGAUGACGAAGUCAAAGUGGAAAGAAUUGAAUAUAAAAAAUGACAGUUGACAGUAAAUGCACAUUUAAAAACUCCUUUGAUUUGACAUAAAAAUCAUUACUUAUCACACAUGGCACACAGUGCUAAAUUUACAUUUCGUGAAGCUGUGUAAAUGAUUGUAAAUAUAUAAAUUCUGUGCUUGUUGGUCAAAUUACCCACUCUAUCGCAAAAA